CCACCGCUUCGUGACUCAAAUGUUCUUUACUUAUACAAAAUUUUCUUGACAAAUAUUCUUUACUUACUGCAAAUUUUUUAGACAAACUUUUUUUUACCAAAUUUUUAUUCUGAUUUUUCUCCAGCUCCGAGUGGGAACACCAUCCCAGCUCGCCUGAGCCAACAGGGGAACAAACUGCGCAUCAACUUCACCCCGCUGGAGGUGGGCUCCCACAAGGUCCAUGUGUCUGUCGGGGAUUCCCCGGUCAGCGGCAGUCCCUUCACCUGCAACGUGUACGACCCCAGCGCCGUCAGGAUCGUCGACAUUGACAGGACGCCCAAGAAGGAACGGGAGAUUGGGUUUACAAUCGACAGUUCCAUGGCGGGGGCGGGCACGCUGGAGGUCCUGGUCACCCACAAAGGUCAACCGGUGCGUGCCGAGUGCCAGCGUGUGGGCGAGGGAAAGUACACCUACACCUUUAAACCCACCCAGGUCGGACGCUAUGAGGUCAAGGCCACCUUUAAUGGUGACACAAUUCCAGGUUCCCCACUGAUCAUCGAUGUGGAGGAGGACACGCCCACUUUCAUCCGUAUAAACUUCUCUAGUGUGGAGCCCAUGAACGCCAAGGGCCGCAACUGGUUCUUGCUGCACAUGAGCGGCCGGAAGAUUGACCGGGACAUGCUCAACGUGGUCAUUCUAGCCCCCAAUGGGGAAAACAUCCCUGCCCGCCUGAUCCAACAGCCUGACGGGGACUACAAGGUGGAGUGGACACCGGUCAAUCCAGGUCGCCACUCCGUGGACGUCAUGUUUGGUGGCCAGCAAGUCCAGGGCAGUCCUUUCUACAUCGACGUCUUCGACAUCCACAAGAUCCGGGUCAACAACUUCUACCAUGGCAACGUCAACGAGAAGGCGGGAUUCAGGAUCGACUGCACCCAGGCCGGUCAAGGCGACCAGGAGAUUCGCAUCCAGAGCCCGUCAGGCCGCAACCUGCCCUUUGAAGUGGACGAGGCCACGCCCCUUGAGUACAACGUGAGUUACACACCGCAGGAGCCCGGCCAACACAGGGUCUACAUCUCCUACAGCGGCAUGGAGCUCAACG